AUGGUGGUGAGUGGCUGUGGUAGUGGUGACACUGACAGUGGUGACGGUGACAGUGGUGGCGGUGGCAGUAGUGGUAGUGGUAUUGGUGAUAGUGCUGAUGGUGGUUGUGGUGGUGGUAGUAGUGGUGAUGAUGAUGCUAUAAGUGGUAGUAGAAAUGGUAGUGGUGUUAGUGGCGGCGGUGGUGGCGUAGUAGUGGUGGUGGUAAUGGUGGCAGUUGUAACGGAAGUGGCAGGCAAACCACGUACUCUCGGCGAGGACCUCAUAUUGUCUGCAAUAAGAGAGGUGGUCAGCACAGUCCUGCACCGUGCCCCGGAGCCUGUGGUGAAAGUUCUUGCCACUACGUGA